AUGACUUUGGAUUUCUUGGUGAAAGGAAAACUCAAGAUCCGCAUGGACGACUAUGUCAAGAACAUGUUGGAAGAUUUUCCUGUCAAGUUCAACAAGGAUUCAAAGCAGGAAACACCAGCUGGUAACGAUUUACUGGAAGCUGGUAAAGGGAAGUUACUCAGUGCUGAGUACCGUCAAAUCUUUCAUACUACUGUUGCAAGGGGACUUUAUGUCUCUAAAGGAGCUCAUUUGGAUAUCCAUCCAACAAUUACUAUUCUUGCCUUGAGAGUUUGA